CCCUGUAAGGUGGUAGUUUUUCUUCCAACUCUGCCCCGGAGAGUCGAAGGCGCAAAGCAUGCCGGGAAGUGGAGUCCCUGCCCGCCCUGGCUGGUCGCCGUGGCAACGCGCGGCCUGGCGGAGUCGCGCCGCCUGCCUGGUCGUGAGGAGGGCGCUGUGGCGUCGCGGCUUUCCUUCGGCUCUUCCCGCGAGAGGAGCGGGCCGACUCCGGGGCCCAGGAGGCAGGGAGCCCCGCGGACGCUGCCCCGAUUCUCCACCGCGGCCCCUACCAUGAAGGAGGACAAGGAGAACGCCAGGCCGAAGGAGAAGCGCGGAGGGCCCCUCGCUCCCACCGGGCUCGGAGCAGCCAUGGCCGGGGCGGACGCCAAGGCGGGCGGGGAGCCUGACCGCCUCGAGAGGCCCAAAGACAAGAAAGAGACGCUCAGUAAGGAUGAAACAUUUUUCUUUAAGGUAGUGAUUCGACGCCUUCCUCCCAGCUUGACCAAGGAACAGCUUGAAGAACAUCUCCAGCCGCUGCCAGAGCAUGAUUAUUUUGAAUUCUUUUCAAAUGACUCUAGUUUGUAUCCUCACAUGUUUUCCAGAGCAUACAUCAACUUUAAAAACCAAGAAGACAUAGUUCUGUUCAGGGAUCGCUUUGAUGGUUAUGUUUUUAUUGAUCACAAAGGUCUCGAAUAUCCCGCCAUCGUGGAAUUUGCUCCAUUUCAAAAAGCUGCCAAAAAGAAGAGUAAGAAAAAGGAUGCCAAAGCUGGAACCAUUGAUGAUGAUCCAGAAUAUAAAAAGUUUUUAGAAAGCUACAGUGCUGAUGAUGAAAAAUUAACAUCUACACCCGAGACUUUAUUAGAAGAAAUAGAGGCAAGAAAUAAAGAAUUAAUAGCCAAAAAGACAACUCCUCUGUUGAACUUCCUGAAGAAUAAGCAGAGGCUUAGAGAAGAGAAACGAGAGGAAAGGAGGAGGAGGGAACUAGAGAGGAAAAGACAAAGGGAAGAAGAAAGAAGGAAGUGGAAAGAAGAAGAAAGAAGAAAGCGAAAAGAAGCUGAAAAAACAAAGAAAGUGGAAAGGUGUCCAGAGAAGGAAAGGGACAAAUCAAAGGAUGAACCAAAGAUUAAGCUACUUAAGAAGCCAGAAAGAGAGGAAAGAGAUUUUGAAAAAAAGGAAAAGGCCAAGAGGCUGGAGAAAGAGAAUCUGAGGGAGGACAAGACCGCCAGCCCAAUUGGCAGCAUCCCAGCCAAGCGCUCCGAUGGCGAAGCUAAAGAGGAAAAGACCAAAAAACCCGUCUACCCACUGCAUUUCGAAGACGAGUGCGGGAAAGACUACCGAGAAAGAGACUAUGACCGCGAUAGAGACUACGAGAGAAUCCAGCGGGAUAAACUCCGGCGCCAAGAGGAAGACCGGCGGCGGCAGAAAGAACGCUUCGAGAAAGAGAAAGUGUUCCGGAGGAAAGAGGACGACGUAAAAAGGGAACGAGACUCCUUGCGAGAAAAAGGGAAAAGAGCCGACUUCUUGGAAUACGUGGGCAACCCAGAGAAAACCGAGAAGGGGACCAAGGAGGACAAAAGAGACGAUUUGGCCAAGAAAGACCGGAUUCGGAACAAGGACCGACCAGCCAUGCAGCUCUACCAACCCGGAGCCCGGAGUCGAAGCCGUUUAUCCGCAUACGACGAAAGCUCUCCCAAGUCAUGCGACCAAGGAGCAGAUAAAAAGCCGGAGUGUGAGGCUAGUAACUUGAAAGAAGAGGUGUGACAGCCUCACCUGUUCUCAGCAAACUAGCAGCCAAAGAGGAUGAACUGUACAGUCCAGAAGUGCCUUGGGGAAGAAGAGGAGGAGGAGGAAAGAGAAAGAGAGAGAGAGAGAGAGAGAGAGCAGAGAAAACUAUGCUUUGGGAUGUAUCCGGAUUCCAAGCCAUGUGCAGAGUCAAAACCCAACCUUGCGUUUGGCCGGCGCCUUCUCCGUUAAAAGAGACCGCAGCGGCAGUAAAGUAGCCUCGGAAAAGGAAGGUGGGCUCCCCUGCAGCCCAGUAACAAGCGCUGUCUUUGAAAUAAUAAAAAGCCACCAAAACAGUGUUUGUACUUCAAAUCCAGUCCUUGGGAUCCGCACCAGGGUUAUUAAGGUUGGAUCAUGGCGGUCCCAGAAUCCACACGAUUGACUGGAGCGGGAGCAAAAAAUGCUGUCAUAAACAUUAAGUCCCGAGAGAGCCGGUCUUUUUUCUUUUCCUUGCGCUUCUAAAAAUUCUAAACGAAUUUUUUUCCAGAGGGUAGCUUUGCGUUUGCUUCGCGGGAGGUUCGUGCAGCCUGAACAAAAGCGCUGACAUUAGACACGGAUUUUUAAAAAAUAUAUAUACAUAUAUAUAUAUAUAUAUAUGCACAGCUUUUGUUUUAAAGGCAGCUGUAUCCAUCUUUAAUUCACCCUCUGCUUUUCUGAACGCCACCUAAGAAAAUAUAUUCUUCCUUUUUUUCGGUUCAGACUUUCUUCUUCAGUGCACUAAGGCAAGCCAUCCCAGCCUUUCCCCGGUCCGUCUCUCUUGGAUUGCUUUUCCUGGCUUUCCAGGGAAUCUCGGGAGAACGGGGUGGGCAGUGGGAAACUAAGGAAGAACUCCUAGCAACAGGCUGGGGUUCUCCUUUAUGCUAAUCUAACACAAUUAUUUUAUAUUUAAUAAAAUCCUGUCCGUUUAUAAAUGUUUUAAAAGUA